UCAUGUCUUCGCAGCUGGGAGGAAACCAAGCGAACCGCAAAGCUAUACUUCGUCGUAACGACUUCACAACCCCGUGAUGUUAAGAUUUGCAAUCGAUAUGGGAAUGAUUGACGAGUCAGUUGUAUUCCAUCGGUGCUCAACGCAGGCGAUUUCAGUGAAAGCGAACUCCGGACAUUGUGUCAGAGAGUACCUUUACAUUUUCCUCGUAUGGAAACAAGACAUUUCUAUCUGUUUGUGUUUCCACGAUCAAAGGAAAUGCAAAAUCAAGCGACGGGCGGGGUAAGCAGAAGAGGAGCUGGAAAACGCGACCGAUGACGGAAGUAUAUGCGCGCCAGUAUAUGCGCGCCGUGGAAACAAAGAUGGGUUAAAUUAAUUGGCAGUAUCGAAAUCGAAACGGUACAUAUCUCUCAACUUCCCUCAAUAUUCAUCAACCACGGUUGCUGAUUGAAAUACUAGGUGAGACUAAAAGUUCGAAAUGUUCAGGUCUCAAAUUCACUUGUUCCUCAAUCACCAUGUCAAGAUACUAGCUAUCCCACUGCAGCAACUGAAUCUGUGCUGACGCAAGAUCGAUUGACCAACGCCGAAUUGCUCCAAACCCGACAUGAACUUCUCAUCAAAGAAAAAGCUCAACUACACUCACAAAACGCACAGCAAGAAACUUCCGCGACUUUUUCAUGACUAAAGUCACCGAAAACUACCCUUUCGCUUCGCCCCCGUGUCCCAUUAUACUCUCGUCCUCUUCCACAAUCGCAAACGUGUAAUACUUGAGACU